AUGUCAUUGGAAGCAUACGUAACACUGGAGAUUCCCCAGGGAACCCCGGAUCCCGACGAAUGGGACCAAAUAGUUAGGGAGCAGGAGAACCUUCUGUCCUUAGUGAGUUUCCCUCCCAACCGUUCUCAUUCUAUUCUUUUCCGUUUCUUUUCAGUCUUUCCAACAGUACAAUUUUAUAAUCAGUCCGGACGGAGAGAGAACGAGAGUUGGCGGCGAGCUCGAGGAUCCGUUCUACGAAUCCACUCUCAAGGUAAUCGCUCUUAGGUCUCAAGGUAAUCGCUCUUUUUUUGAAGCGUUUGUCAUGAGUCUGAAACUGAAAUAUCCGAGUUUCAACCGUGAUUUCGCAAAAAAUUGUUUCGCAAUACCUUGCUCACUCUUAUAUUUCUAAUAGUAAGUAACACGUCCACUGGAAGACGCGAGUAAUGAGGGCCAUAGAAAGAAUGGGAAAUAAUCCCAAAUCCGGGUUACGGUAGUACGGUAAAUCAAUUUUUCCAAAAAAAAAAUCGAGGAAUGCUGAACAUUUUUGGAAAGAUAUUACAAGAUAAUUGCAGAUUUAGGUUGGGAACUUGAAAAAGAUAGUUAAUAGUUAAAAAACGAAGAGACCUGUUCUCAGGUUGAAGCCAUAUAUGUAAUGAACAAGGACAUAUUAGCUGCUGCUCAGUUGUUCAUCGAUCGAACGAAGAGAUUUCAUCGCUUCGACCGCUGCAGUCUCGUCCUCAUCUGUCCCGAACUUUUCGAUAAAGAACUAAUGUUUGUUUGCAUUGCACUGCUCAAAAAGAAUGCUCGUUUCAGAUGUUCCCUGGGCGAAAUGAAAACCGACAAAAUCAUGUUCGGCAAUGUUAUCAACAAAACAUUUUAUAGCCACUGGGAAGUAUCAUUUGAUAACAGACGUCCCCUGAACAAUCUUUCGAGGGCAAGGGAAGACCCGAGAUUACACAAAAUAAAGACGACGUUCGACUUCGACAAAACCAUGCCGAUUACUGUGGACUAUUGGACGGUCGAAUCGUUCAACGAGAAAAGAAGCCCGAAAGGAGGAAGAUCCAAAAAAAUUGUGCAUCAUAAGCUGUUUGUGGAGGGAGACUCACUCCAGAGAAUAAUUGUGGAUCACCAAAAAGAUAACGGAAAAGGAGGGAUCAGCACACGAGUCUACCUGGUUCUGAGAACACCACCCAUCUUAAAGCGCGGAAUUCUGAACAGCCCGAGCGAAACCAAACCCGUAUACCACAGAAUUCUUCAAUUACGUUGGGGAAAAAGCGCAGAAAUGACUUCAAGUAAGAACGUUCUCACUGAAAAUCCCAUUCUGUGCAUCGAGUUCGAUGGCGUAAUCGUCUAUUCAAAACUCUACUCUCUUCUCUCGCGCCUCCGAUUCCGGUGGAAUGUACCCAUCGAGUUGGCGAAAAUUGAUAAUUACUCUAUACGCGACACCCACGGAGGCAUUAUCCCCGGCGACUGCAUUCUACUUGAGCGAGAUAAUAUGUCUCCAUAUCAUCGAUGGACCAAUGGUCGGAAUCCGGUUGAUGUAGAAGAAUGUAAUUUUCGCGAUUUUCUGGAACGGACGUUCCCCAAGCCGAAAAUGUCGAUGGAAGAAGUACAGGGCAAAGUAAGGAACAAGGCAGCCGAUGAAAACAACGAACGGAUGUUUACCUACGUUUACCUCAUAACUGCUCUCCUCUCCAGGUACGUCUUCAUCCGCCGCACACAAUCAUUCGAUGUUCAUUUCAGAGGCGCUGUUGUGAAAGAUCAAUUGCUUUUGCAUCGUGACGCCUGGAAUCAUUUCCUAUCAAUCAUUGAGAAACAUUCCAGGGACGACCAGAAGCGUUGGGUAACUGAAGUGUCCAUUUGCCCUCCGUAAUCGUUUGAUUUCAGUUGUGCGAGGCCGCAUUAGAGGACCUUCUGAACCACGUGGAUCUGCAACCCCGAGUCGGUUCAAUUAUUUCGGUUUUCGAACGGUUCUGCAAUGAACGCCGGAAAACUGGCAUCCAUAGCCAGAUGACGAACGAACAAUGGGACCAAGGAUUCCGAAAGGUCAGAAAGAUUGUGCUCACUCCGACGAGACGGUGCCCUGUCAUUCCUGAGAUUAUCAUGUCGAAUCGAGCGCUUUCCAAGUACGAUCACAACGGAACACGCAUCAUUCGGGUCACCUUCCGCGACGAUAAUAACCAACCAAUGCGCAGAAAUAAUCUGAAAAGACUUCUCAGGGAUUCUGUUCUUGGCCAUUUGUCCGCUGGUUUCACGAUUGCGCGCACGGAUUUCGGCUAUUUGGGAUCCUCGAACUCGCAAAUGAGAGACGGCGGAGGGUACUUCAUGGAGAGGUACAGCCGCAAAAUGAUAGACGCCUACCGGUAUGAGAACGGCAAGCACCCUCCUGUUCAUUACAAACCCAAGAUUCUGAUGACCCGGAAACAGUUGGGCAAAUUCGAGAAAACGGGCAGCAUUCCGAAGGCAAUGGCUCGUUUAGGACAAUGCUUCACUCAGGCUAUAGAGUGUCCUGGAUUGACGAUUGGAAGUGGAGACUACCGCCUCGUUCCAGACGUGGUCGGAGGCAAACAACCGAAAGCGGCCGGAAGUAGGACACCGAGGAAACCGUUCAUAUUCACCGAUGGAAUCGGAAUGAUAUCUGUCAAACUGGCGAGAAUUAUUUCGAAUGGUCUCAAGCUUCCGACCCGAUUCGCCCCUAGUGCAUUCCAAUAUCGGUUUCGAGGAAUGAAAGGAAUGCUCGUUGUCGACCCGAGUCUUGAUGAUUCGGCCGCUUACUUUAAAGAUUUAUACCGCAAAGGAAAACUUAUCCCAGACGUUUACAAAACAAACGAUGAGUUCAGGGAUCUGGCACCAUGGACUUACAAGAUUCUCUUCAGGGAGAGUCAAUUAAAGUGAGCAUUUCCAUGAUGAAACCUUUCAAAACCUUUUCCACUUUUGCAGAUUCUUGUCGAACGACGGCAAAAGUAAGGAAUGGCCGAUUGAAAUUGUGAAGUGGUCGACGCCGACGCCCCUGACUCUGAACCGCCCGUUCAUCUCCAUCCUCGAUCACGUUUCAUCGAAGCAAUCCCUCGAGUGCCACAAGAGAAUUUGUGGCCGAGUCGAAGAAUUGCUGGAUCUCCAACUCGCUUCGUUCACCAAAUCGAUUAUCAACGAAGAGAGUUGUCGGUCGAAACUAGAGGAGAUGCCCCGUCGCGUGAACUUCCGAUACCUACAAGAUGAACUGAUGAGCAUGUCGACGGAACCGUUCUUCCGUUCGCUUAUCAAGGCCUCAGUAGACGCGGGCAUGGGUUAGUCACGUUCAGUUUCAGAGCACAUUUAUCUGAAUAUUUUCAGUCAAACUGCUCCAAAAAAUUCAAAUUCAAGUACCACCAGACUUAGGACGGACAAUGUUCGGAGUGACCGACGAGACGGGACAGUUACAGUAUGGACAGGUGUUCUUCCAGUAUACGAACAACGUCAAUAUGAAGACUCCGUCGAAGACGACAGCGAAAACGAUUUAUAAAGGUUUGAUUACGAAGCUUUUCCUGGGUAUUUGAAUGCCAAUCUUUUCAGGUCAGGUUUUGAUUACAAAGUUCCCGGCAGUAGUGGCCGGAGAUGUACGACUGUUCGAAGCAGUCGAUAUUCCCGAACUGCAUCACCUCGAGAACGUCGUUGUUUUUCCGCAAAACGGACCCCGCCCUCAUCCGGAUGAGAUGGCGGGCUCCGACUUGGAUGGCGAUGAGUACGCCGUCGUCUGGGACCCGCUGCUCUUUUUUGAGCACAAUGAAGAGGCAUUCAAGUAUUGCUCGGCGAAACCGGAGCAGGCGUUCAACGAAGAAGACAUGGACGCGAAGAUGCACGAGUUCUUCACCGAUUACAUGGAACAAGACGGCGUCGGGCACAUUUUCAUUAACCAUUUAUACCAAGCCGACCAAUUUGGAUUGGAAUCGGAGGUUUGCGACAGGCUUGCACAAAAGAGUUCGAUGGCCUUAGACUAUGCGAAAUCUGGAGUCGCCCCAGAACCAUUGACCACGAUGUGGACGCACAAUAGAGAUACGGGAGAGUACGAUCCGCCGGAGAAGUCGGAAAGAGUUCCUGAUUUCGCGUUGGGUCACAAUCGUUUCACCUUCCAACCAAUGUACAUCUCCUCGCGUCUUCUGGGAUCUCUCAGCCGUGAGCUGAGGUCAAUUAAUGAUGUAAUCGUGGCGUCGGUGCAAAAGCCACUCGAGGUGAUCGCCGACGUUUUGAUGGACACGCCCUUGUGGAGACGUUACGAGAUUCUGGCCGCGGAGCAGAUGAAACAGUAUAACGCCCGUCUUCGUUCGAUUAUGGAUCAGUAUGGCAUUCGAACGGAGGCGGAGAUCUUCUCGGGAUGCUUCCGCGAAAUACGCAAUCGCAUCACGGAUCGCGAUCAAGACGACAUGAGCAUGUUCAAUACGGAGCACAUAAUUGAGCAGCAGAUGACCGAUCUGUUCAGAAAAUUCCGCGAGGAAUUCUUCGAAGAAUUCAAAGUUAACCCGGAUAGUAAAGGAUACUUGAAAUGGACGGAACCAGAGAACGAAAGAUAUGAAAAUACACAAACGGACGUACUGAGAAGAGUAUGCAAGAGGCCGACGGCAGAAAUGAUGCAAAAGGCCGUCGCCUAUUACAAUGUUUGUUACGGUCAGUUCUUGUUCAGUCUAUGGCCUUUCAUUUCAAUGACAUUUUUUAGAUUCUGCCGCGAAUGGCACCGAUAGAAAACUAUCCUUUGGAUGGAUAGCUUACGAUAUUCUGAAAGUCGUGAGAAGAGAAAACUACAUGAAGUCAGACACUAUAGAAGAAAGACGACACCCGCAUUUCCAAGCGAUCUUAGAACACAGACACAUUUUCAUUAAAGAUAACGAGCAGCAGAUGAAACAGUUUCUACGCCAACUUCGGAAGCUUACCGAAGAUGAACGAGAGAACGAGGCGAAGGAUAUAAUAGUUCGGUACCUGAGAGUCUAUCCGGGACUCGAGAAGUCCCUCUUCGUCAUUCUUUCUUGGGCGAAUGAGACGAGUCUGUUGAAAAGUGAGCAAUUACUUUUAUAUUUUAUCAAACCCCACAAGUUUUCAGAUUCUGGUGCAGAUCCUCCUCUAAAAUGGUAUCACGUGGUAGGAAUUGCCAUCCUACUGGCAGCCAGACAUUUCGGGUCGCUGGCUGAGACGGAUCCGAGAAACUAUGAUCAAGCAAUUAUACAAAUAGUGAGUUGGAACCUUUAGAAUCGCUCUACUACUGUUCGAUUUCAGCUCGACCCGAAAACAUCGGAGAACGACAAAGUCUGUCCACUUGCCGACACCGAAGUGGAUCGUCUGACCGUGACGUUCUUCCGAUUCCUCUCCACUCGUCACUUCCGACGCCUUCCUUCUCUCAACUUUCUUCCGAUCGGACUCUCUUCCGUUUUCCUGAGGGGAGAAUGGAUUCCUUAUCACAAAACGUCCAUUAAGACCUACUACAACCUCCUUCUGAACAUGCGAUUCGAGGAGUUGCCCACCUCGAAAGAAUCGAUCACCACAAGGAAAAGUGUACAGAGAGAGGGCCAGCCGUUCAUUGUCGAGUUGCCGAAGGGCACCGAUAUUGAAUACAUUCUGGCGCAGGUGAAGAGCAAGUGUGCGGAUGUCGUGGCGAGAGUCGAUUCGAGCACAAAGCACGUCGGUACGUCGAACCGAUUCGGACGGUCGCUCAAGCUACUUUCAGAUCGACUGCUCGUUUCAUCUCGUGGCACCGUGGAGCAACUUCAGACGCUCCGAGAGUUUAUGGCGGUGAAGGUGAGUCAUCGCAGGAAAGAGAAUCUUUUAAAUGAGCAAUUGCAGCUGCCCCGGUUCUUGUGGCAAAUGGACAUAAACACUUCGAAACAGUUGGCAGCACUGUGCUACUUCCAGAUAACCGAGCAUGAGUUCGACGCCCCACUGAAAUUACCAGUUAAAAAAGGUGUAUACGACGAGAAUACACCUCCAGAGAAUACAAACUUUAUUUAGAAAAUGAGCUGGUCACAAUACUCACUUGCCUUUUUUACUGUGUAUCACCUAGAUCACUUAGAAAUGUUCCCUUCUUCACUUUAUGCUCAUAAACACAUUUGUUGCCCAGCACUGAAUUUCGAAUUCUUUCUGACACACUCACCAGCCGCCUACAUAUAUAAUAAAAACAAUAAUAGGCCAUAAAGCAUAAUUCGAUUUCUGUAUAUAAAGGAGCAUGGGCCCUGGUCGCUGAAAGAGACGACUGUACGAAAUGAAGUGCCUCUGCUGUGUGCUCACUCUCGUCCUCCUGCUCGCCAUCAUAAUUCCGCUUCUGCUCUUCAUCGGACUCUAUCAGCCACGUGCUUCACUCAAGAAUCCACGUCAGGUAUUCGCGUCCCACGCUAUUCCGAUUUAGAUAUUAUCCAUUCGUCGGCCUUUAAAUUUAGCAAAAUUAAUUCAAAAAUGUACAAUUUGCUUUUUCUCUUUAAAAAUGCGUCUGAUUUCAACUUUUUUGCCCAAAGAAUGAAACAUCGUGGCCAACCGUAUUCUCCUCAAAUUUAAAGGCGCAGGCCUAUAGGGCGUGUAGAUAGCAUGAAAACCUUUGCUCCGUGCGAGACCCGCCUUCUAGAAAGGCGUCAUGAAUUCAUUUUGUGUGUUCCUUUUUAAAUAUCUUUUCAGUCUUAUACGUCAACCGUUCCGUCGGUUACCACAUCUUACAUCGAAUCACUCAUCGAAACAAAGAACGAAACCAUUAGUCAUGGCACCCAGAAACCAUUGGAAGACGAGGAAGAGGAGCAUCCGGAGGGAGCAUUCCAUGGAAACGAAACCGAACCGAUGAACGUGGAAAAGACGGAGCAGAGUCAGAUGUUCGAAGUGGAGGAAGAGGAGGAGAUUGUGGUCAAGAAGAAGACAUCGAAAGAUAAACACUGA